AUGGAUCGCUUCCUCGUGCGACGCUCCAAGCCAGAUGGCUGCACAGGUGUAUCCAAGGAUGCGGAGGCCAGUCCCAAGAGACAGCGGAGGAACAGUGCCCAAGAUGAUUCUGCACCGCGGGCGGAGGCCGUUGGCGACCCUCAGAAGAUCAUCUCCUGGAAUGUCAAUGGGCUGGCCGUCCAGCUGCGAAACAACUGGAGCCUCAUCAAGCAAUUUCUGGAGACCGAAGAGCCGGACGUACUUUGCCUUCAAGAAGUACGGCUUCCAGCGGCCGGUCCGAAAGGCUGCAAGCGCGGUGACGGGCAGAAGCGUAGCCGGGGUGAGGCGAAGUGCGACUCAGCCCAGGAGAAGGCAGACUGGGACCUAGUUCAGCGGACGCUCGUUGCCACAUUUGCAAAGAUGUAUAGCUUUCACUGGUCUCUGGCUGACUGGAAGUACUCAGGCACUUUGAUGAUGAUCAGGAGAAGUCUUCGGCCUUCGUGCAUCACCUACACGUGCUCUACGUUCGGCAUGGAUCAUGCGGCUCACUUCGACCCAGCAAAUCGCAGAUGGCAUCCGGAGGGACGAAUCAUCUGGGCUAGUUUUGCGACGUUUGACCUGCUUGCGACAUAUUCUCCCAACAAUGGCAGCGACCCGGAAUCCUUCGCAAGACGGGCUGCGUGGGACAAAGCAUUGAACGAGGCCGUAGUGCAGCGGAAUCGGCCGCUUCUUUGGAUUGGCGAUCUGAAUGUUGCGGCGGAGCGCAUCGAUGUCACGCAUCCGGAUUGGUUCACACAGCAGUGCUACCAGGGAGAACCAGCAGACAUGCGGGGCCAGCCUGGCUUCACUGAAGGUGAGCGGCGACGCUUCAAAGAACUUCUCGUGACGGGAAGACUGGUGGAUGCUUACAGGCGGCUGCACCCUAGUGAUGAUGUCCCACCAGCGGCCGGGCCCUAUUUCACUUGGCGAGGGCAUCCUCCUGUUCAUCAGACGGUGGCGAAAUAUCAUGGGAAAGGCAUGCGCAUCGACUAUGCACUCGUGGCGGAGGAGAUGUUGGCUCGCUUGGAGGCGUGUGACAUUCUAGGCCAGGGCGCGGACAGGAGUAGUUUGGCCGUGGGAUCUUUGCCCAUGGCACGGACCGAGGAGCUACGAUUGUUUAAGGCGUUGGGGCUUGAGGUUCCCAGCCUGCGUGGAGAGCUGAUGGAUCGCACACUUCUGCAGGGACCUGGUGGCAACCAACAGAGACUUGUUACACAGACACCUGCAGCAAACAGGGACACCCCUGUGGCGGCUCCGACCCGGAUGGCCAGCGCCAUUGCUGAGACAGCUGCCGUCAGCGAGACCACUGCACCCAACCCGGGAGACUUCGACAUUUCAUCCAAGUCAGCUUGGGCUUGGUUGGUUGAUGAGGCUCGAAGGGCCCAACGCUCAACAGACCUGUCCUGGGGCGGUGUUCUACUGGCAGUCAGCAAGGUUCCGAUGAAGCGGCUCUUCCGACCCGGCUACGGCGAGGCAAGCAAUUGGGCCGUCUUCGAUGGCUGGUUUUCUGGUCAACCUGUGGCUCAGGUUCACCUACAUGUGGUUCCCCGUAAGUCCGGCGAUCUCGAAGAGAACGACCAGGUCUAUGCCGCUUUGGAAGCAUGGAAGCCAUGGCCUGCAGGAGCCCUGCAGCCGCCUCCCAUAGCAUGGCCAGCGGAUGAGCAUCGCAAGGAACGGACAGGUGAGCUCAUGGCUCAGGAGGCCGGCGGCUACCGCGCUGCAAUCGAAGGACAUGGCAACAUUCCAGAAGAGCAGGCCUUCGCUCGGUAUCGCAUACCUGGGUCGCACAUCUUCUUUGCUUCACCAAGUGGCUUGAGCCUGGCUUUCGUCAACCUGAAGCCCCUGGUUCCUGGCCAUGUCCUGGUCACGCCGCGAAGGGUGGCUCCCAGGCUCGCGGACCUCUCUGAGGAGGAGCAGGGCAAGUGGCGAGACAGAGCUUUCUGGAUGUUAAAUGUGGCUUCGCAGGAGUUCGAUGACUUGUUCCGCACUGUUCGCUUGGUACAGGCUGUGGUGGAGCGCCACUACGGAGCAGAGGCACAACUGUCAUUUUGUCUUGCCGACCCGGAGAGUGGACGAGCCUCCAAUCGUGAUUUGGCAAGGAUCCGGUAUCGUUCAACACGUUCACAAGUGCAGUUGCGGAAUGCCAAGAUGAGAGGUCAGCUCUGUAAGGUUCACACAAUGGAGUUGCCCUUGAAAGCCGCGGUUGCGGUAUUCGUUUUCGUCUCAGCACCGCUCGUCGCCCAUGGUAUCCAGCCAAGGCCGGCAUCGGAGGAGCUUCAAGCACUGCCGAGCAUAGAAUGCCUUGAAGCUCGCUUGAAAGAUCCGAACGCCAACUGCGAUGACCUCGUGCCACAAGAUGGCAGGACAGUGAAAGUUGUCUUCAACAUGUCGCAGGUGGCUCCCCGAAGUUCGGGUGAGAAGCAGAAUGCUUCUGACUCUAGCGAGGAGAAUGUUGUCGUUCGAUUCUCCAUGAAUCAGACCAAUGGACAGCAAACCUCAGUGAAAGACAUUUCGCUGUACAACUUCCCAAACUACCAGGAGCCUGUUUGCAGAAACAACGACGCGCCUGUUUGUGAUCCCUACGCUUUCCUCAGCACCUCGGAAGGCCAGACUCUGUCUUUAGAGCUGGAGAAGCUGCGAUCGCAGUAUCUGGUGGUUUGUGAGGACCUGAUACAAGAGCCGAUCGACCAGCGGCACUUGCAGCCCUUCUAUGUGGGAGUGGCCAUCGCCCAGGCCAAUGGAGCUGAAAUGGGCCUGUCAACCCUGCGACAAUAUGGACACUUAAUUCUGUCUGAAUGGAACAUGGGAAACUCCGCUGCCAACGGGCAGAUCAUGCGUUGUCCCAAUCAGGCCCUGCUUCUGAUCGUUCCAGACAGAAGCCAGGCAGUGCUGGUGACGGAGUCUUGUCGGUAUGUGUGCGAGGAGCAAGGUGCCAAGGCCCCGCAAGUCGUGACGAAGUCGCUGCAUACUGGCAGUGUGGCAGAUGCAGUCUUGGCUGGGGUGAGGUCUGUGUACACCUCUCUUCCGAACACAGUGGCUCAGGGUGAGGACAUGCCACUGCCAGCAGUCGAAGCACAGGCGAUCCCCUCGGAGAGCAACGCCGAGACAUCUGUCCUCUUUGUGCAGCGUGCUUGUGCCCUAGACUGGCGAUCUCAUGCCGAGCAUGAGUACAUCGAGACGCCUUGGCCUCGGUGGGUUCUUGGCUCAGCAUCGUCCUGCUUCUGUCGUUUGGAGGCCCUCGAUGCUCUACGAACCGACAUGGCGCAGGCAUUCAAGCGAUUCAUGCCGCUGGCGGAUCGCAUUUUGGUACAGAAGCUCAAGGCGGAAGCCAAGUCUGCCGGUGGAAUUUUGCUGCCUGACUCCGCCAAGCAGGAAAUGAAUCAGGCGAAGGUGUUGGCUGUUGGACUCGGGCGAAGAAACCAGCAAGGCGAGAUCAUCCCGAUGCAAACCCAGGUCGGAGAUGUCGUGGUCAUCCCUCGGUAUGGUGGAACAGAGAUCAAGCUUGACGACGAAGAGUACCAAAUCUACCGGGACGAGGACAUUGUUGGCGUCAUCAAAGAGGAGUGA